UCGCAGUCAUCGCCGGUCAUUGAACGGACCAUGUCCUCGCUCGUUUAGUGUAGUUAUUUUUUUAUUAUUGUGUAUGUAUUUUUUUGCCAACACAGUGUUGUGUUUCGAUUACUUGUUUGAAAUUUCGAUAAAUAUAUUUCAACCUUAAACGAAAUGCUCCUACAUAACUAUUGGUCGUGACGGAUGAUUUUACCUCUUAACUAUUAUGAUUUCAACCGAUCGUAAUGAUAAUGUCUUCCACCCAUCCAAUCACCGGAAAUCCGGUUGAUCACAUCAUCCGACGGCAUCCCGAAGUCUUGGCCUCACGGCCUGGACGACUGAGAUGAGCCCACCAGUUAAUUCAGCUGAUAUGUUGGUAUCGUCACAGACGGCCACAGAAUUUAUAAGCAACAACAAUAACAACAACAACAACAACAACAACGACGACGACGACGACGAUCCUUGUGAAAAACCGGCACUAACCACCGAAGAACUGGCGCUGUUAGCGAAACUCGAGGAGGCCAAUCGGCUCAUCGAGUCGGAUUCAAAAUCGCUCAAUUCCAUAUCUAACAAUAGCACACAUUCCAGAAAAAGCUCCGAUGCGUCACAAAUCUCACUCGUGUCUGGUACAGGCUCAAGUCAAGAUGGUGAGGAAGAUGUAUGGGGUCUUUGGGGACAAGUCGUUAAUGACUGGGAUAAUUACAACAAGAAAAAAAACGCAUACCUCAAAGAAUUAGUUAGAAAAGGAGUGCCACACCAUUUCCGAGGAAUCGUGUGGCAAUUGUUAUGUGGCGCUAAUGAUUCACCAAUCAGAAAACAAUACCCAGAAUACAUCAAAGCCACAUCAGCGUGUGAAAAAGUAAUCAGGAGGGACAUUGCACGUACCUAUCCUGAACACGAUUUCUUCAAAGAAAAAGAUGGACUUGGGCAAGAAAGCCUGUUCAACGUCAUGAAAGCUUAUUCGUUACAUGAUCGUGAGGUGGGCUACUGCCAAGGUUCAGGAUUUAUAGUUGGGUUAUUAUUAAUGCAAAUGCCUGAGGAAGAAGCAUUUGCUGUUUUUGUAAAGAUAAUGCAAGACUAUAAAAUGCGAGACAUGUUCAAACCAACCAUGGCUGAACUUGGUCUGUGCAUGUAUCAAUUAGAAAAUUUGGUCCAGGAUCACAUUCCAGAACUUUUUGUACAUUUCCAAUCACAAAGCUUCCAUACUAGUAUGUACGCAAGUAGUUGGUUUCUGACAUUAUUCACCACUGCACUUGCAUUACCUACUGCUUGCAGGAUUAUUGAUGUUUUUUUAUCCGAAGGAAUAGAAAUAAUAUUUAAGGUGGCCUUAGCAUUGCUUCAAUUAGGUAAAGAUGAUCUCUUGUGUUUAGAUAUGGAAGGAAUGCUUAGAUUUUUCCAGAAAGAAUUACCUUCCCGUGCUAAUUCUGAUGCUGAUGGUCUGAUGGCACAAGCUCUUAUCAUUAAAUAUAAUGUUAAACGCAUGAAAAAAUUAGAAAAAGAAUAUACAGCCUUUAAGAGUAAAGAACAGGAAGAAAUGGUUGAACUCAAGAAACUUCGAACUGAAAAUCGCUUGCUAAGACAAAAAGUUGAACUUCUUGAAGCUGAGUCUAGUGAACUUGCCGGUCUGUUAGUAAGGGGCCAAGUAUCCCGUGCUGAAGAAGAAGAAACAACAUUUAUUGUACAACGAGAAUUAACAGCUCUAAGACAUACACAUUUAGAGACAACUCAUGCUCUAGAAAAUGCUUUGGACGAAAUUAAACAAAUGUCUUUUUUGAUAACAGAAAACCACAACUCUUGUCAAUCAUCUCUGGAUGAGCUUUCAAUAAAACAAGAACAAUUAUCACUUAAAGAAGAAAUGAUCAGUGAUCUUCAAGAAGAAUUGGUCAAAGUUAGAUUAAGAGAUGCUGAAAACGAGGCUGCAAUACGUGAUCUUAAGGAUAAAAUCGGGGAGUUAGAACAUGACAAGAAAACUCUUCGAGAAUCAGUUGUGGACAAUUCAGUUGCACAUCUUCAAGAAGAAUUGAUUGCUGUAAAAUUGAGAGAAGCGGAAGCCAACCUAUCUUUAAAAGAUCUCAGACAACGAGUUAAUGAAAUCAACUCGCAAUGGCAAAGGCAUUUGCAAGAUAAAAAAAGGAUCGACCCACCGCCUGCACCCGAUUCAACACCCAAAAAAAUUGGUAACCUAUUAAACUGGAACAAUGCAGAAACUCAGCGGCUUGAAGAAGAACUUAUGACUUCUAAACUUAGAGAAAUGGAAACUUUGGCUGAACUUAAAGAACUUAGAUUAAAAGUCAUGGAACUGGAGACACAAGUUCAAGUCAGCGGAAAUCAAUUGAGAAGGCAAGACGAUGACAAUAAAGCUGUACGUGAACAGUUAGAAUUGGCUGAAACCAAACAAAGAGACAUAGUAGCAAAACUCAGGGAACAACAGAAUAAGUAUACUGACUUAGAAUCCAAAAUGAAACAUGACAUGAUUUCUUCAAGGAUACGAGAAGCUGAGCAUGCUCAAAUGGUAGCAGAAUUAAACCAAAAGAUAUCAAGAUUAGAAGUUAAAAAUGAAGAAAUGGUAACUGAAGGUGAACUUCGAAAUAACUCAUUAGAUGACAGUGAUAAAGUUAAAGAACUUCAAGAUAAGGUUGCUGAUCUCAAAGCAGAAGUAAUGCGACUCGAAGCAUGGAAACAACGUUGGGUGAACAACGGCAACACAAUCGGCAAGACUGAGAGGUCAGCAUCAGUAGAUACAACUGAGAGUGAAAUGGAUGACUCGGCAGAUCUGCACUUGCGGUUAUCUAGUUGAAACUAUUUCCUAUAAUUUGUCCCUAAUUACAAUGUUAUAUUUUUGACAAAAAAAAACCCAAGUAUAUUCUUUUUUUUAAUUGUUUGAUAUUUUGUUUCCAUUGAAAUAAUGUUUAAAUAAAUCUUUUAUUUUGUUUUAAUGGCCAAACAUAUUGCCGUCCUUAUUAUUAUAUUUUUUAGAUUUUGAUUUCAAAUAUUUAUUAUUUGUUUACUUUUUAAAUAUUUAUUUUAAAUUUAUUAUUUCUAAAUUUUAUUUUUAUUUUAGUUACCGAUUUUUUGUACUUAUUUUAAUUUUUUUUUUUCAAAUUUAAUGAAUCGUUAAUCUUAAUUAUUUGAAAAUCUAAUAUCGCACAAUCUUAAGCGCACAAAUUUUUUUAAAGCGCUACAUUUUUAAUGCAUGUUUGUAUUCAUAAAUUAUUAAGCGUAACAAACCACUAUAAAAUCAAAUUUAAAAACUUAUACAGUUGAAUAAUUACUGAAGCACAAAACAAUAAGUAAUUUUAUAUUAUCUAAGAAACUACAAAAUACAUUAUCUUACAUCAUAAUAUUAAUUUUGUUUGUCUUUUCAAAUAUAUUUUAAGAAUGAUUAACGAUUCAAUAUCAACUUUUACUGAUUAAAAAUCCUAUUAGAAAACUUUAUUAUAAUAUUGUGAUCAUAAUAAUAUGUAACACUAUAAUGGGUUGCAUAAAUAAUAAUUUUUUAAACAUUUAACAAAUCGUUUAUGGUUUUUUGAACUUUAAAUAUUGACCAAUGACUGGUUCAUUACAUUUUAAAAAUCUGUUUGGUUUAUCAAAUUGUUAUGCAAUCCAGAAUAAAUGAUUAAUAUUAUUUGUACUAUACAUUUUCAAUAAUUGAAAAUUAGAAAAUUUAAUUUAUAAUUUAGUGUGUAAUCGUGUAAGCACUUGAAUAGCAUUGUAUCUAUAUUCAUUAUGUUUAAUUUAUUUAAAAAAAAAUUAAAUGUUGUUCUGGCUGACCUCAGACAUUUCCUUUUAAAAAUUGGGGACAUAUUUUAAGCAAUAAUAAUUAUAAUUAUCAUUCUUAAUAAUAAUUAAUUAACAUUUUUUUUUUAAAUAUAAUAUUUAUACUUGUGACUAUUAUAAACAAUUAUAUUAUUAUUUUCCACCAAUAUAAACAUAUUUGAUAUAUUUAUCAAUAUUAAUAAUCAUUAAUCACAUAAUAUGAUUGUGUAUUUAUGAAUUCAAAAUAAGUUUUUCAUGUAUACACAAUGUUUAUGUUGUUUUGAGACUAUAUUAUGUAUAUUGUAUGUCCUACAUAAUAACCUAAACUUAUUAAAAUGAGUGAUAAAUGUAGGAAUAGCAUCAAUUGAUUCUUUUAUCAAUAUUUAUUUAGUUGGUACUUGUAUUAUGUAGCUGUGAACGAAAUGUUUUUAUGUAUUCGUAACUUUGUUUACUUUGUUAUAAAUAUAAUAUUUAUAAUCAGCAGCAAUGAAACUGGCUCAUUUGAAAUACAAUCUAUAAUUGAAA